UGUUCACUUUCAUAUAUGACACUUCCCACAGAUCGUUUCUGAAAGGGUUUUAAAUUAUACAACUUCAAACAUUACAAAGUUAGCUUCAUCAAAAGCCCUUUCACGCUGAAGAAGAAGAAGAACAACCGAGUAAAUAUUGAAGUUGUGAGUUUGAAAUAUCUCUAGGCUAUCAAGCCAAACCUACAUUUGUACAAACUACCCAACUGGGUUCUUGAAUUUACCACGGGCUAUUGUCACGAGCUGUUGUUAAGUACAAAGUCUGGUCUUCAACAUUUGUUCUUUUAGAUUGCUUAUGGUCACCUUGUUCAGAGGUAUAGUGUCAGAAGCAUAUCUACUCAAACCGACGUGCUUUCGUGGUAGAAUAUAUCUUGCGACUCAAGGCAAUUGUUAGUACCAUUACAUCAAAGAGACCUCAAGUUAUCUCAAGAUGGAGGACGUACCUGAAAAGGGUGUGGUUCAGAAGGAGUUUGAUAGAAUUGGAGGUAAUUAUGCUCCUGAAAAUUCUUUGCUCAUUGGACUUACACCUCCUUCCUUUGAGCAGUGCGAUAACCAGAAUUCUUCUGGCUUCCAAGAAGAUGAUACAUGGUGGGGUUCUUUCUCUAUGGAAGAAGAGAACUACCGAAACAACUUAAUGAAAGAUGCAGAGAACUUCCAACUCACUGGAGAUAUCGAAGAUUUGUUCGCGAGCGGCCCAAAAUGCCCUGUGGAUUAUGUCGAACCACAAGUAGCCAAGAGACGAAAGUUCAAUUCCGAUUCAACUAAAAGUUCUUCGCCAUCCCCCAAAAAUACUCGAGAAGCUGUCAGUCCAAUCAGUGAAUCCUUGUCCGUUUUCUCCCAACAGGCCAUGCCAAAUCAAAAGACAGCAGAGCCAAACUCAUCGUCAAACACUACCCCUAGGGUCACAAGCCAAAUGGCUCAGCAUCCAACUGGACAAGAAUCACUUCUCUCUCAAGAAUCACCAUCUGGAUUGAACAAUUCGUCUAACAAUGACCUUCCAAUCACAUCAUUCAAUGGUCAGGAUACAGACCUUCAAACCAUACCAAUCAUCAGCCAAGUUUCUUCACCCGACAUCCACCUUUCGCAAUCAUCUACAAACGCAAUUACUACUCCAGAAAUCUUUCAAACUCCUUCAGGAACUCACCUUAUUUUCAUACCAGAACCUCACCAAAUAGUUCAGCAACAACCUUGUGGAGUUACUGGCGUUCCUCUAGGGCCCACCAUCUCACAAAGUCCGGAAAUGCAAGUUGAAUCGAACGUCUAUGGCCAUCAACUUUCACCUCAACGGUCACAUAACCAGCCGCGACCAUUUACUGAAUUUCUUGCUGAACAAAAUCUUGGUUUUACGCCACUUCGACGAUCGCUCAAACAACAACCUACAUCUCUCCCACAAAGCUCAGUUCAAGCUAGCCAAAAACCUACAGAACACGCCACGAGGCUUUGUCUCCCAACUCCACCAACCCCCAAUACAGACCUUCAACAGUCCUCGCCACCAGUAUUAGAUAGAAGUUCGAUUAAACCUCAGCUUAGAGAAGUCAUGGAAAGGUUUGAAAACAAGAUUAGGAUGGAUGCGGAACUCAGACAAGCUUUCAACAUUGUCUUUCCUGGUAAGUUCAUAACACUCAACCCAAUUUCGAGCACUUACUAACAUAUUUGAUAGCACGAAGUAUAGAAGUGGAAGAAUUGAAGCAAAAGAUGCUCAACGAAAGACGUCAAGCUGCGCUUAAAGAAAAUGCUUUGAGAAAAAUAAUCACCGAAUAUCAAGAUAAUAUAACAGCUCAAGAAGCUUUGCAGACUAGAGCGAUGGGUCUUCUUACACAGCUCAGAACAGAUCCUAAACACGAUCGUUCUUGGGUAUGUCUAAAUUAUAAUAAGAAUGGUCAACUAUGCAAUCACAUUCAAAAGGAAUUCUAUCUACUGGCGAAGGUUUGGAGAAGACGCGAAAGAUGCUCCAAAUGCAAAACAAAGACACAUGAGCUAAGUCGGAAAUACCUUGAUGAUGAUGCAGCUAUUUCAUCAUGGAAUUUUGAAAAAGAUGGACCCGCCAUGCCAGAAAAUACGCAGUCAUUGAAGCGUACGAGAGAUAUGACGGAUAAGCCAGCAGUUACUCCUCUGUUAUUCGUUGAUUCAAAUCGUCGCCAGUCAUUACCUAGUCUUACUGUUGCUGGAAAAGAUCUUCAACAAGAUUCGAGUUCCAGAUGGGCUUCAUUACCACCACCUACCCAGAAGAAGGCUCGCAAUCACUUACCCUUAAACAAUAAUAAGGAAACACGAGAUACCUUAAGAGCAGCACUUGGAGCGCCAUCCAAAACAUGGAUGCAAGCACCGAAGCAAAUAGAGACCAUUGUUUUAGACGAUGAUAAUGAGGAGGAAGUCGAGACAGAUCAAUCAGAAGAAAGCCCUAACGAUACCCCAGCGGUUGAAGCAGAGACCCGCUACGAAGAUUCUAUGGAAGCUGAUUUUGAUGCAGCAUUUAAUGCUGACCUUGAAGCGGAAUUGGAAGCUGAUCUUACUGCUGCUUUUGAGGAAGAACUUGUAUAGGAGUUUUACUUGGACUUUUAAUGUACACAAUCAGUGUGAUGGAUUAGAGUAGAGUACUGAAGAGCAUGUUUUCCUGGAGAAGUUAAGUCUUUACUCGGUUGCGUGACUCACAGCACUAUGGAUGAGUGGUGUUUAUUUCAAGCUUCACGCCACUUGAUUGUACUUCACAGUGUAUGACGGGAGAAUGCAUUGUCAAAAAAAUUAAAGCUGUGGACUUUACUUUACUUUACUUUAUUUAUCGAAUUGUAUCAAGCAGACAGAUGGUCAGACCAUGUAAUUAUACCUUCUACCACAUUAGCAUAGCACUUAUUAGGUACACGAUGGCGAGGAGAUAUACUAUUGACUUUGUUAUAAAUUUUA